CCGGGCUCGGGCUCGGAGCGGCGGCAGCAUGGGGAGCUGGACUCGGGCCGCGGCGACCUUGGUGCUCGGAGCGGGACUCGGAGCUGCCGCGACCCGCUGGCAGAGCGACCGGGGCCGGCGUGAGGAGGAGCGGGGAGCCGGGCUGCUGAGCCGCGUGCCGGUCGUCCCGGUCCCGGCGGUGCACGCGUCCGAGCUGACGGUGAGUCCCGGUUCGUCCGGCGCCGUGAUGAAGUACGGCUUCCCCUCAUUGGCCAACAUCAAGAGCAGAGAGUCUUACGUCACGUCCUACGACCCCCGCACCCGCACGGCAUCAUGGGUAAUCGAGAGGCUAAGCCCCGCCUCCUUGGUCGGGCCGUCAGACAGAAAACACUGCGAGUUCAAGGAAGAUGACAGCGUUCACGUCUUCCACAGAUCCACCAAUGCGGACUACAGGGGGAGUGGCUUCGACCGGGGUCACCUGGCCGCGGCGGCCAAUCACAAGUGGAGUCAGAAGGCCAUGGAGGACACCUUCUACCUGAGCAACGUGGCCCCGCAGAACCCUCACCUGAACCAGAACACCUGGAACGAGCUGGAGAAGCUGAGCCGCUCGCUGACCCGCCGCUACCUCCACGUGUACGUGUGCACCGGGCCGCUCUACCUGCCCAGGCAGGAGGCCGACGGGAAGCUGUACGUCCGCUACCAGGUGAUCGGGCGGAACCACGUCGCCGUGCCGACGCACUUCUUCAAGGUGCUGAUCCUGGAGCAGGCGGACGGCCGGGGGGUGGAGCUUCGCUCCUACGUGUUACCGAACGAGCCAAUCGGAGAGAAGGUUCCUCUGGAGCGCUUCCUGGUUCCCAUAGAAACCAUCGAGCGGGCGUCCGGACUCCUGUUCGUCCCCAACAUCCUGAAGAGGAGCGGCAGCGUGCACGCCGUCACCGCCACAUGAACAGCGUGCGUGUGUGUGUGUGUGUGUGUGUGUAGGAACCACACAAGAAGUGAAAAACAUCAUUUACAUCAAAUAAAGUUUAAAAAACAAC